CGAAAAUAUAGAAUUGCUUUGUGAUUAGAGAUGUAUAUAUGGAUAAUUCGUGCAAAAAGCGUGUCCCUCCCCAAAACUUCUGUUUCAGUACAACAGAGCUAGGGUUCAUCAUCUCCAUUUAUCAGUUGCUAGUGCUGCUGUUUUCUCUCUAUUUUCGCUGAUCAACAUGGCUCGACGUAGAGGUAAAUCUACGAAACAACAACCGAUCAAGGCUUGGAAUAUUGUCAUAUUUGGAUUUUUUAUUGCCUGUCUUGUUGGAAUUGCUAUGAACUUUAAGGUAGCUAAGUCUAAGACUGAAUUGGAACCUGAAUCUGAAGAAAAGUUGGAUGAAGAAAUAUUAAGAAUGUUGCGUGCAAUUCCAAACAAAACAGAGUCGAUUCCAACUCAAAAUUGUCACUUCGCAUCGUCGGAAGGAAGAAGGUCUUACCAGGAGGAUAGAGUAACAUGUGACCUUAAUCUUAAGAUUCCUUUGUUUGGGGCCAGCGGCCUUGAAGAGGUCAGGGUUGGGGCGGUGGCAGUCUUUGAUGGUCAUAUUGGAUCGGCUGCUAGUGAGAUGGCCUCAAAUAUCUUUUUGGAUAAGUUUCUGCUUAAGCUCAAUAACAGUAUUGAGCAAUCAUCUAACUUGAAGGAGUUGCUAAAAUCUUCAUUAGAAACAACCAUUAAUGAUAUUGAUGCAGAAUUCUCCGAGGCUGCUUUCAAAUAUCAUUUUUAUGCGGGAUCUACUGCAGUUGUUGCCCUCAUAUAUGACAAUCAUGUUUUAGUUGCAAAUGUUGGCGAUUCAAAGGCUUUUCUUUGCUCUCAGAAAAAAAUAUCACAAGAAGCCGGUACGGCUGGUCUUCUCGCCGAGGAGUUGACGAGAGAUCAUAAUGCACAUAGGUUGGAUGAGAGGGCUAGGAUUGAAGCUUCUGGAGGUGUAUUCAAAUUCGUCCAUAAUUUUGUUCCUCUCCUCAUGGGCCACUUUCCCAUGACCCGAGCUAUUGGUGAUGUUCCUUUGAAAAGAUAUGGCAUCAUAGCUAAUCCAGAGAUGACUGAUUGGCGAUCUUUAACCUCAAAGGAUGAGUUUUUAGUGGUGGCAUCUGAUGGAAUAUUUGAAAGCAUAGCUCCCCAGGAAGUCUGUGAUUUUCUAACUGUAAAGGACCAUUCAGAUCCAUCAUUAUUGGCUGAACAACUCAUUCAGAAAGCAUAUUUAGAAGGCAGCUACGAUAAUUUAUCAGUUGUUUUGGUUCCCUUGGGGUCGGGGGGGAGCUCCUGUAGAUGAUUUAUCAGCUGUUUCUGGUUCCCCUGGGAUAUGUAGAGGUUGUAGAAAAAGUAUCUUACAACUCGGGCUGGAAAUGUUGUCAGCAGCCCAAGAUGCACUUAACCAUCAUCCUAUGGGGCACAUGACGAAACAGGACCCCCUAAAUACCUUUUUAUAGACAAUUUUUAUAAUAA